AUGACAUCGCCUGGAGAUGCUACUCCGGUGAAACCUCCGCCGUCCUUCUCCCCCGGCUCGGGGCGCAACGCAUCCAAGUCCCGAUAUCCGGAUGAGCACGAGCCCACAGUAUCCAUAGACGCCGAGCUGGCGGAGGCCCGGUCCGGGUCGUCGCCAACACCGCCGCUGUCGGCAACGACCGCAGAGCUGCCAAUCCGAUCCGCGUCACCACAGUCCCGCUCUGUCAGAUCGUCCACCCCGCAAUUAGGUCGGUCGUCGCUCGGCUCGCCCUUGGAGGGACGGUUUGGUGGAUCGGAGGAUAUCAGGUCAUUAAUUAUCCGCGCUUUCUCACCAACCGUCGCCGUCUAUGCUUCCGACGACACAGAUGAACUGGUCAGGAAUAAGGGGUUCAAAGGGGGCUUCUGGGAAUUGAUCCGGCCGUAUGGGGAGACUGUGCCGGGGAAGGUGAUCAUCCGGGAUAGCAUAGGGUCUAGCCGUGCUUGGGAAGACUAUGGGGUGCGUUUCGUGGAUUUCAAAGGGCUCGGCCGGGCAGCCGCUGGCCGUGAUCCCGAAAGAGGCUCGCGUCUGGCGCAGAUAGAAGAGGUUCUGGACCAGCAGUUGGGAUCUGCGGAGGGUUCGCUUGGACAUCCGGUGCCCUCCAAGGAGGUAUUGGGCUUUCCUGCUACAACACCUCUGACCAAGCUGUUCUUGAGGCAACUACUCUCUGCCACCCCCGCUGCACCCCACGAAACCUUCGGACAUCCUGUGGCCAGCGUCAUUGCGAUCAGCUCUCGCAAUGAAGCUCCCUUGGAGACACUUCGGCAGCUUUAUGCCGAAAGCACCACGGGCGACAAGCGGUUGCCAGAUUGGGUUAACCAGGAGUAUCUUCGAUAUUAUGUCUUGGUUCAUGACGAAGAACGGGACGACAUCACAGAGUCUACUAAACUAUACGAUCAGAUGAAGCGCCAUUUUGGGUUACAUUGUCAUCUCUUGAGACUGCGGAGCAGUCAGUGCGUUGUAACAGAUGAUGAUAGCGUUCAAGUGCCUCAUUGCGAAUGGUUAUCUCCGCAAGAACACUUGUCGGGGGUUGGGGAAGCAGAAACCCUGGUGGAUCUUGGUGCAGACGGCACGCCCUACCUCUUCGAUUCUGAUGUCUCGGCAAUCCAAUCCUUCAUUCGAGAGCUCAUAGUACAAUCGGUAAUUCCCUUCAUGGAGAACCGAGUAGCAGUCUGGAAUGACCAGGUUGCAUCUCGAAGGCGUGGCAUCAGUGGCCGAUUCAUGACAAUAUCAAGACGGUGGGCUGGCUUUGGCUCUAGCUCAAAGUCAGGCAUUGGCGGGCCAGGAGGUGGAAACAGUGGUAAUUACGACACGGAGCAGCACUUCUACCUUCCAGACACACCGGAGGCAAUCCUACGAAAGAUGGCUGAUUUUGCAUUCAUGCUUCGUGAUUGGAAGCUUGCUUCAUCCACAUACGAGAUGAUUCGCCCGGACUAUCAAAACGACAAAGCGUGGAAAUAUCAUGCGGGAGCUCAUGAAAUGUGUGUCGUGAGCAUGCUGUUAAAUCCGCUAGCCAUGUCGUCCAAAAUCAAGCUUGAGGAUGUCGACCGGAUGGUUGAGAAUGGUUGCUAUUCCUAUCUGACUCGGUGCGAGGAUGCAACGCAUGCUCUGCGAUGCUUGGCAUUGGCCGUUGAACUUCUCAAGUCCCGUGGUGGAUCAGCAACGGAGAGUGCAGCCAAGUGGGCCAUGCGGGUCAUGGACUUUGGUUUGGUCGGCUCGAUAGGUCAUAUUCUUUUCAUGGAACGAGUGGCAGCAUGCUAUGCUUCAAAGACUCCCGCAGGUGGAGCUAAAUGGGGUGCGCGUCGACGGAAAGCUGGCAUGUGGAGCAUCCUUGCUGCCGAGCAAUGGCUUAAGGCCGGCCACCCUACGCUCGCUUCGGCAUGUUUUGAAGAAGCCGAGCAUCUCUAUGCCGACGUCCUAGACGCUGACGGUGUGUUCCCUAUGCCAGAGAUCCAGACCUUCGUCGACAACUUGCGCCACGCGGUCAAGGUCGAGUAUCUUCAGGCACGAGGGUUUGAGGCUCACGCUGAACCUGCAGCCGAAGACCCACUUGGCACUGAAGAGAUCAGUGAAAAAUUGGACAAGCGCAAUCAUCGUCGCUCGCUGAUCGGGCUUCCUGGGCAACUGAAUGCUGGGAAUCUCAUGAACGUGGGUGCGAGGGACCCCGAGGACCAACCUAAUGAUGACUUUGAACGAGCCUAG